AUGGCAAUCUUGACUGGAUGGCAUUCUGAUUGUGACAUAUCGACCUCGUCCAGGUUCGCCGAGCUCCUCACAGGCCAGCCAGCCGCCAAGGCCGAAACCGAAAAUUUCGACAGGCUGUUCACGAAGACCCUCGUCCUGCUGCUGAAGAAGGAGAACUUCGUCAAGAACCUCAAAGCCCUCACGGGCGACACGCGCGCGGCCUGCAAGCGACUGGCAGCCGCUCCCAUCCUCCUCAAGACCGCCGACACCGACGAAGAUUCAGGCGCCGUCGGCUGGCGCGUCACGAACCCGUUCGACAGUUUCUACGAUGUCGUGUACCAGCUGACGAUGCGCACGGUGGGCGCCGACAACAUCGCCGAGGACCCGGCGCUGCUGCGGAAGACGCUGGCCAUCUUCGAGCGGUUCGAGGGCUCCGAGUCGACGGCUCGCGUCGUGUUCCCCUGGCUGCCGACACUCGGACAUCCGCAGAAGAUGUACUCGGGCGCGCGGCUGGCCAUGGUGUUCCAGCGGCUGGUGGAGCGGAGGCGGACGACGGGGUGGCGGCGCGAUGAUGCGCUGCAGUUCUUGAUCGAUCAGGGGUAUGGGAUUCGGGUUAUCGUUGCGUUCGAGAUUGGCGCCCUCUUCGCCGGCCAGCUCAACAGCGGCAUCAACGCAGCCUACCUACACGCCUUCCUAGCCGCCGACCCCUCCUGGAUAGCGCGCGUGCGCGACGAAGUCGACAGCGCCGUGUCCAAGCACCGGCAGUCGCCCGCGCAGACCGCCGCCGACGUGCUCGACACGCUCACCCUCGCGGACUGGGAGGCCGAUUUCCCGCUCGUCGACCUGUGCCUGCGCGAGACGAUCCGGCUGUGCGUGCCCGGCACGGCCUUCCGCAAGAACACGUCCGGCCACGACGUGCCCAUCGGUACCACGGGCGAGGUGAUCCCCGACGGCGCUUUCGCGGCGUACCUGAUGGACGACGUGUUCUUGAACGAGGAGUGGUACUCGGAGCCGCGGAGGUUCGACCGGGUCGUGGGCAUGCGAUUUGCGAAGCUGGAAAUGGCGCUCAUCACGGCGUACUUCGUUGCCAUGUUCGACUUGGAACUGUCGAAUAAGGAUUGCAACUCGUCCAAUGAAAUCCCUGCGCCGGCCAAGGGCGUGAUAGCGUAUGUCAUCAUCAAGACUGACCCGACACUCUCCCUCAAUACCAUUACCCAGCCUCGAGACGGCGUGAACUACGACGACUUCACCGAGGAGCAGCUCGCUUCCGUUGACUCUAAUCCAGACCGCAAGUCCAACGGCUACGGCCUGGUAUUGCCGUUAGACAGGCUUAAGUUCUCGUCAUGCGGUGCGUGGGACACCCCCGAGGUUCUCAAGCCCAAUGCGGACGGCGGCCAGCUGGAGCUCAAGGGCACCGUCGAAGUCGUCUCGUGCAUGGAGAAGGACAGACGGCGGGUCUUCAACUACCUGCGGUGGGGUAGGGGCGUCAACAAGAACCAGAGACUGAACUGGGAGGAUAUCGAGUACAGUGGCAAGUCGCAGGCUACCGCCGUGCGCAAGGAGAUGGAGGCGCUCUUCUGGGAGGUGUUCCUGGCGAGCAAAGCGAAUGGCGGCAACGCGAGCAACGUUGUGCAUUACAGGCGACUAGGAACUCUUUGGCAUAGAUUUCUGGUUUCCUUGUUCAUCCAGGCAAGAUAA